AACACAAGACAAUAGUUUUGUUUAAACAAUGUGGAUGCAAAUGCUUACUGUCUGGCAUGGUCAUGGAAUUCUCCACAGGGAUCUAUCGAUAUAAAUUAAUUUAACGAAUAGUGUAUCAAUAAUUAAAGUCGAACAUAAUUGGUUAAACCUGACAAGCGCAGAGAAAAGUAACAGACACCACGUUGCAACGCUGUCAAUUGCCAUUUGCCACUUUGGAGGUCUGGGAAAGAGGUUACACCUGAAAAAUUAACACUGGUAACUUUAGAAAUUGAGGUGAAAAUAUAUAGUAAAAUGUGAAAAAAUAACGUUUUUUUUCAGACCAAACCGGUCACUUAAAAAACUAUUAUUGCCCUUUAGCCGCAUAUUCUCCAUUUGUGUUUCUGUGGCGAUUCUCAGUGUGGUGUGUUUGUGUGAGAGUAGCGCCGACUGUCGGGAUGCAUCGAGCAAGUGGACGGACCGAAGGGCGCAGCGGAUGUUAUGGAGAGUAAUAUAUUUCCCGUAAAAGCUGACGAAGGGGAUUGAAGCGCCGUUAAACAACCAUGAAUGCACAGACUGAUUUCAGCUGAAGCAACAGGAUUUUCACUCCUAUAAAAAAAAUUCUUAAGAAUAUGGUUCAUCAUUGGCUUUCAUCUGCAUCUCUGCAUUAUCCUGCUGGAUCUUGUGUUUGUUUGCAAUUCUCAUCAGACACUUGAACAUUGGAACUGCAGAUGUGAAGGAGUCAUCGAAUGCGUAUGAUAGGAGACCAAAGACAAUCCGACCAGAAGCCACAGUCCUUGUGGUGUACGACUGGAUUGGGAACACUUUAAAAAUCUUGACUUGAAAGAUAUGGCAGAGCAUGGAGAGCUGCUAGCAGAAAUGGCAUCUAUUGGGCGUCUUUCAGCCACAGAGCGCCUGAAGCAGGCGCAGAAGAGACGGGCACAGCAGCUCAAAGGCUGGGCUCAGAUGGAGAAGGACAGUGCCCGUGGUCACAAGGCCGACCACAAGGGAGAUGGGGUGAAGAAAAGCAGAAGGGUGACCUUUAACUCCAAUGUGAUGCUGUUGGAGGCUGCUGCCAGGAAUGAUAUCGAGGAGGUAAGACAGUUGCUGAAUAAUGGAGUCAGUCCAGACCUUUUCAACGAGGAUGGGCUCACUGCUCUACAUCAGAGCUGCAUAGAUGAUUUUUUGGAGGUAGCACGCUGUCUUCUGGAUGCAGGUGCAAAUGUGAAUGCGUGUGACAGUGAGCUGUGGACCCCUUUACAUGCAGCGGCCACCUGUGGACAUACUGACCUUGUCCAGAUGCUGAUAGAAGCGGGUGCAGAUCUGUUGGCGGUGAAUGCAGAUGGAAACAUGCCAUAUGAUCUGUGUGAGGAUGAGGCUACGUUAGAGCUCAUCGAGAUGAUCAUGGCAGAGCAAGGGAUUACUCAGGAGAAAAUUGACGAAUGCCGUGGAGCCAAGGAGAGGGUGAUGCUCACUGACCUUCGAGAGAUGGUAACAAAUGGAGCUGAUCUGAAUGUGAAGGAUGAGCAGGGAGCAACUAUGUUGCAUGUAGCAGCUGCUAAUGGAUACAUGUCAGUCGGGGAGCUGUUGCUUGAGCACAGGUUGUCUCCUGAUGAGAGAGAUGCUGAUGGCUGGACACCACUCCAUGCUGCCGCCUGCUGGGGACAGAUCCAGAUGGUGGAGCUGCUGGUGGCUCAUGGUGCAAGUUUAAAUGCCAAGUCUGAGUUGGAUGAGACACCUCUGGAUGUGUGCACUGAUGAGGAGGUCCGGGCCAAAAUGAUGGAGUUGAAACAUAAACAUGAUGCCAUUAUGAAGGGUCAGGACAAACACAAGAACACAUUGCAGAGACGGGUGUCCAGCACUGGCAGCAGAGGAAAAGUAGUGAGGCGCAGCAGUGUGAAUGAGCGUAGCAGUCUCUACCGUAGAGAGCAUCAGAAGGAAGCCAAGGUGUGGCAGGAGAGAGGAAGACAAACAGAAGCCUUGGAUGAUGAUGAAGACAGACAAACAGAUGCAGAAUUAAACCUGCAUGCUUCACUGAUGUCCAGCUCUAAUGCCAUCGCUGUUCCUCCAUUAGACGUUGGCGAGGUGGAAAAUGGAGCCCAAGUUAUAGGGAACGGUAGCACAGGUUCAUUUUCAGGAGAACUCCAGAGCGGGGGGCUCAUGGAUCGCAGCGCCUCCUAUCAGCUCUCUCCAGGUUCAGCUUCUGCUGGCGGGGACAGCAUGAGCAGAGAGAGAUCUCACCACACACUCGCAGAUCUCAAACGACAGAGAGCUGCAGCUAAACUGAAUAAGCAUCCAGCACCACCUUUACCCUUGUCUGCAGGCACACAGGAUGAGCCUGUCCCUGAGGGGCCUCCAGGGACGCUGGAGCCCUCCGAAUCAGUACAACAGGUUGUAGCUCCUAAUGCUGUGUACUUUACCCAGGCUAGUGGAGAUCCACCUCUGCUGAAGCUCAAAGCACCAGAAGAGGAAACAACCAAUACAAAAGAGCCAUGCUGUGGACUCAUGUAGAAGCAGCAAAUGAACAGAUUUGGUUUCUUAUGAUUUUGCUGUUCUUUCUACAUUAACAGAAUGGAAAGUGUCUGGCAGGUACGUGGAAUUCAGUUUUAUAUCUUACACUUUGUCUGACUAUUGCACAUGAAUGUUUUUUCAACACUAAUAUAUUAUUACAUGUAUAUUUCAUAACACUAAGAAAUGUAUGAUGGACCAGACAGAUUUCUGACUGAAUAUCGCAAAUGUGAAGAAGUUAGAAGUUCCCGCAUUUGCAAAACUUUCAUGGAGUAAUUGCAAUGUUUUUGCAGUAUUUCACACUAUUAUGCUUGUAUUGUUUCUUUUAUUUAGUUGUUGUGGUCAUUUAAAGUUUCAUAGUAUUGGCAAUGUUCAAUACAUUGAGAAAAAAAAGACACUGAGCACUUUUGACCAAACUUUCUGCAAUUUUCUUAACUUUAACACACAUACACACAUAUACAGUAUAUAGAUUAAUGUGACAAAAAAAGCACAUUUGAGUUGCACUGAUCACUAUAAAACCACAUUUCAUGUAUUUUAAAGGCUGCGUCUAGAAAGUACCAUAGCACACUUGCUCUUGGGGUGUGGGCACACCUGGCACAUUUGGUUUGAUUAAAACAAGCUUAAUACAAAAUCGAGAGUUUCACCAAACAGACAGACUUGGGCCACUAGGAGAGUCCUGGUUAGCUUCCAAACAAACUAGUUCGGUUUGACUGAAAUGUCCACUUAGCAUCAACUUAAGAUCUGAAAAUGAAUCAGAAACAGGUUGUGAAGUCACAAUCACUUGAUUUAAUGCAGAAAAAACUGUUUAUCUUACAAAAAGGGGGAAUGGCAUAUCCUGGCAACCAUCUAUUAAACACAAGCGUGCUUGGUGGACAAAUAAGAAAGUCUUUGAAAUUAAGCUUAAAGGUUUGAUAUUAAUAGGUUCAAUCGUAUCUAAAAGAACAAUGUCAAUGCAUAGUGAGCUGGAUUAAAUGCAUAAUUUUCUUUUUUGGAACAAAUCAACUAAGAGAACCAAACUACAAGUGUGAACACAUUCUUAGUCUUCUUCAACACCUGGUUGAAUCAUUUCAUAUCUCUUUCAUCUGGCUUUGUCUUUUUGGUGUUUACCAUAAAAUAAAAUGCUGAAAGAUUGUUAUUUUAGUGAGUGCAAAUCAUUGUUUAUUUUAUAUUGCUUACCUUUCCUUAAAUGUUUAUAUCCCAGAUUAUGUCGUGGAUAAUAUUUUAAUUUAUUUAAAACAUGCAUAAAAUGUUGUCUCAAUGUAACUAAAUGUAUGUCGUAAAAGACACUUUACUGUACAUUGGAGUGCUUAUUGUAAUCUAAGAAAUAAAAUGGGAUUGUAUUUUACACCUUAAA